AUGAGUUUUCAGCGGAAGGGUGGGGGAGAUCGCCAGUUAAAGAUUUUUAAAGUUGUGAGCUUGAAAACGUUUUCGGAGAGAAACUUUCGGGGCGUUCAGCAUUUUGGCCAAGAGGACUUGCAGAGUUUGCUCCGGGGGAAAAACCACUUCUAGUUGUUUGGGGAAAUACUAUAAUGGAUCCAGGAUACAAACAUUGUGUUGAAGGUUCCUUCAUUUCUUUUGCUUGCCCAUCUAUGUCUCAAUGGGCUUUAUGUCGGAUCAUCAAUGUAACCAAAGUGCAAGACAUUCAUCACAAAAUACUGCAUGAGGAAUUCAACAGGACAGGCCCUGGAACAGUAACUUGGCCUGAAACGCAAACCAACUUGUACAUUGGGCUGACACUUGCCAUUGCCUCCAGUCUCUUCAUUGGAAGCAGCUUUAUACUCAAGAAGAAGGGUCUCUUGCGAUUGGCUGAUAAAGGAAAUACCAGAGCUGGUCAAGGAGGAUAUGCCUAUUUGAAGGAAUGGCUAUGGUUGGGAGGACUUCUCUCUAUGGGUGCUGGAGAAGCCACAAACUUUGCUGCCUAUAUGUUUGCACCUGCCACCGUGGUUACACCAUUAGGUGCACUAAGUGUGCUGAUAAGUGCUGUGCUUUCAACUUAUGUCUUACACGAGGGAUUGAAUAUCCACGGCAAGUUAGGAUGCCUCCUCUGCAUUGUAGGAUCAACUGUAAUAGUGAUACACGCUCCAACAGAAGAAGGAAUCCACUCCUUGGACGAAAUGCAAGGGAAGCUAAAAGACACAGGAUUCAUCAUAUUUGCCAUCAUCAUAAUCCUAGUGUCUGGGGUGCUGAUUUUCUUUAUUGCCCCCAAAGUGGGACCAACAAAUAUUCUUGUCUAUAUCUUAAUUUGCUCACUGAUCGGUGCCUUUUCAGUAUCUUCAGUGAAGGGACUAGGCAUUGUUAUAAAGGAGCUGUUUGAAAACAAGACGGUAAUCAGCAAACCAUUGAGCUGGGCUCUGCUUCUGACUUUGAUCAUUUCCAUCAGCGUUCAAAUCAACUACUUGAAUAAAGCUCUUGAUACCUUCAACACCUCUAUAGUGACCCCAAUUUAUUAUGUACUCUUCACUACCACUGUCAUAACGUGCUCUGUUAUCCUUUUCAAAGAAUGGAACAAUGUAGAUAUCAAGGAUAUCAUUGGAAUUAUCAGUGGAUUCUGUACCAUUAUUUUGGGCAUCUUUUUACUUCAUGCUUUUAAGGAUAUUCAAUUCACUUGGGAACAGUUAGCAUCUCUCACAAAGAAAACUGAAAAAGUGGAAGCAAAUGCACUUGAACAUGUCGACUAUCAAAAAUUACUGGAGAAUAUGGAAAGCCCAACUCUCAGCUAUGAAGAUGAAGUAAAUAUAUUUAAUAGAAGUAAUGUUCACUUACAAGAAUAUCCUAACUUAAAUAGAUGAUUAGUAAAAUAGAGCAUUCAAAGAAAUUAUCUUCGUUAUUUUCAGAUCUGUGCAAUCAGUGAAUUGCAGGAUCAUGGGACUGCUGUACAUAUGAACACUUUUUGAUUUGCAUUGUGUUUACGUAAUUUAUACUUUUUUUCCAGAUUUACUUUCGCACUUGGUUUAGAGAGUGUUAUGCAAAUAAGAAAAAAGGUGCUAAGUGAUCACCACUUAGCAAUUCCCUUUUAGUCGGUGAUAUUAUGUAUGCUAUAUGAUUACCUCAGUACUGUUUGCUCCACUUCAGUUCAUUCCAUGGGAGAUUGAAUUUCAGCCUGAAAACGUCGCUGAAACUAUUAACUAGCACAUGUAUUGCCACAGCUAAUUUUAACAGAUAAGCUUUAAUGUGUAAAGUACACUGCAAUUUAAAUGAGAAUCAUUUGUUUUACAGAAGUGGAUUUUAGCAACAGAUUCAUUUUUCAAAUAAUGUGAUUUCUGGCAAUUGAUGCUGUGCACAGUUGAAAUGGGCCUCUUCAUAGGAACAGAGAGAAAAAUAAGAUCUGGGAUAUAACUCUGGGAGAUAAUUGUGCAGUAUGUAAAUUGUUUUUUUAAAAUAUUCAAACACUUUUUAACAGUAUAUUAUGAA